GCGAGCAGGGAGCGCAGCCUGGGCCCCGCAGCCUCCGCCCCGCAGUCCGCAGCCCGCAGCCCGCAGCCCGCAGCCCGCAGCCCGGUCCCCGCCGCCCCCGGGGCAUGGCCUGUCUGAUGGCCGCUUUCUCGGUCGGCACCGCCAUGAAUGCCAGCAAUUACUCUGCAGCAAUGACGGAGCCCAAGUCAGUGUGUGUGUCAGUGGAUGAGGUGGUGUCCAGCAACAUGGACUCUGCUGAGACGGACCUGCUGAACGGGCACCUGAAAAAAGUGGACAACAGCCUCACGGAGGCCCAGCGAUUUUCCUCCUUGCCCCGGAGGGCAGCUGUGAACAUUGAAUUCAAGGACCUUUCCUAUUCCGUUCCAGAAGGACCCUGGUGGAGGAAGAAAGGAUACAAGACCCUUCUGAAAGGAAUUUCUGGGAAAUUCAGCAGUGGAGAGCUGGUUGCCAUCAUGGGUCCUUCUGGGGCUGGGAAGUCCACACUCAUGAACAUCCUGGCGGGGUACAGGGAGACUGGCAUGAAAGGGGCCGUCCUCAUCAACGGCAUGCCCCGGGACCUGCGCUGCUUCCGGAAGGUGUCCUGCUACAUUAUGCAGGACGACAUGCUGCUGCCUCACCUCACCGUGCAGGAGGCCAUGAUGGUGUCAGCACAUCUGAAGCUUCAGGAGAAGGAUGAAGGCAGAAGAGAGAUGGUCAAGGAGAUACUAACAGCGCUGGGCUUGCUGUCUUGUGCCAAUACACGAACCGGGAGCCUCUCAGGUGGCCAGCGGAAACGGCUGGCCAUUGCCCUGGAGCUGGUCAACAACCCCCCAGUCAUGUUCUUCGAUGAGCCCACCAGUGGCCUGGACAGCGCCUCCUGCUUCCAGGUGGUGUCCCUGAUGAAAGGGCUGGCUCAGGGAGGGAGGUCCAUCAUCUGCACCAUCCACCAGCCCAGCGCCAAGCUCUUCGAGCUGUUCGACCAGCUUUAUGUCCUCAGUCAAGGACAAUGUGUGUAUCGGGGGAAAGUCUCAAACCUUGUACCAUAUUUGAGAGAUUUAGGUCUGAACUGCCCAACCUACCACAACCCAGCAGAUUUUGUCAUGGAGGUGGCGUCUGGCGAGUACGGAGACCAGAACAGCCGCCUGGUGAGAGCAGUCCGGGAGGGCAUGUGUGACGCUGACUACAAGAGAGAGCUCGGGGGCGAUGCUGAGGUGAACCCUUUCCUUUGGCACCGGCCCUCCGAAGAGGACUCCGCCUCCGUAGAGGGCUGUCACAGUUUCUCGGCCAGCUGCCUGACCCAGUUCUGCAUCCUCUUCAGGAGGACCUUCCUCAGCAUCAUGCGGGACUCGGUCCUGACGCACCUGCGCAUCACGUCACACAUCGGCAUCGGCCUCCUCAUCGGCCUGCUCUACCUGGGCAUUGGGAACGAAGCCAAGAAGGUCUUGAGCAACUCGGGCUUCCUCUUUUUCUCCAUGCUGUUCCUCAUGUUCGCAGCCCUCAUGCCCACCGUCCUGACGUUCCCCCUGGAGAUGGGGGUGUUUCUUCGGGAGCACCUGAAUUACUGGUACAGCCUGAAGGCCUACUACCUGGCCAAGACAAUGGCCGACGUGCCCUUCCAGAUCAUGUUCCCCGUGGCCUACUGCAGCAUCGUGUACUGGAUGACGGCCCAGCCCUCCGACGCUGUGCGCUUCGUCCUGUUCGCGGCCCUGGGCACCAUGACCUCCCUGGUGGCCCAGUCCCUAGGCCUGCUGAUCGGAGCUGCCUCCACGUCCCUGCAGGUGGCAACAUUUGUGGGACCCGUGACAGCCAUCCCUGUCCUCCUCUUCUCGGGGUUCUUCGUCAGCUUCGACACCAUCCCCACAUACCUGCAGUGGAUGUCCUACAUCUCCUAUGUCAGGUACGGGUUCGAAGGGGUCAUCCUGUCCAUCUACGGCCUGGACCGGGAGGACCUGCACUGUGACACGGAUGAGACGUGCCACUUCCAGAAGUCAGAAGCCAUCCUGAGGGAGCUGGACGUGGAGAAUGCCAAGCUGUACCUGGACUUCAUCGUCCUGGGCGUUUUCUUUGUCACACUGCGCCUCGUGGCCUAUUUUGUCCUGAGGUACAAAAUCCGGGCCGAGAGGUAAAGCAGCCGGACGACGGCAAGAGGAAAAGUGGACAUCGUGGCCAAGGGCACUGUCGAGUUGUGGCAGCGAGGCCAUGCCCAGGGACACAGGGACUCCUCCAGCCCCGCCCUGGGGAGCACGUCUGGCCCGUAGGUGGCUCAGUUUCUUUGCCCAGCUGGGUUGGGUCUUCUCAUCGUAUUUUCCUUUCUAGCUUUACCUAGGAAGAUGUAGAUAGGUUGGGGGGGUUUUACACGCAGAAUUUAAAAUAACACACUGGGGCAGAGUUUAAAACUGCAUCACAGCUGGUGACGAGAAGCUUCCUCAGUAACAUUCUUCCUAAGACCAGGCCCCGGCAGGCCUGGGCAGUGGAUCGUGAGCGACUCUUCAGCUGAUCCCCGUGCCUCAAGGUGUCACGGGACAGAAGGGCCACGCGUGGAGGGAGGCCAUUCAUGACUGUUGCUUUUCAUAGUUUCAUUUCUAAGGUUUGUCUCUUUUCCACCGAGAAGUCAUGUUCCAAGCCCAAAGUCUUUAAAUUUCAUUCAUUUUAAGAAAUUGUUCCUUUUUUAGUACUUGUUGAAGGAAAUAUGAUCCUUUGUUUAAAGGGUUUACCUGAUCACUGACCUGGUUUGCGGUAUGAACAGAACUUUCGAAAGAUUCAAACCCAGUUUCCAGGUUGAGGGAAGACUUUGGCCCCAUCUUCACUGAGCCCCAAUGAAAUUUUAAACAUUAUGCAAAAAGUCAUAAGAUGAAAUUGGCUCUUUCAAAGUCUUUUAUUUUCCACAUGAUUCUUAUUUUAAGCAAAAUAUAUUAUUUCUUUCUAACUGAUCACUCUAAUUUUGCCUAAGAAAUUUCUAGAUCAGCUAUGUUGGUCUGUAAAAACAAUUUCCCUUUCUUCCUAUAUCACAUCAACUACCUCCACUGAACCUGGAAAAACUGGGCUUAGGGAAAUUUGGGGUAUGACCCUGAGGAUGGGGUCUGCAGGUGCAGCCAGCCAAGGACAGGUGAGCCAAGUGCCCAAGAAGGCAAGAUGCCAGCCAAAUGGCACCAGGAUUCGAGAGCCUUGUGUGAAGUCAGUAAAGACGUUAGUGCACGGAGGCCUCUGUGAUUUUAUCAAACAUUGAGCAGUGCAUCUAGAGCUGUGGGUGACCCCCCGCCGCCCCGCCCGGGUCUGGUCCCUGUGACCUCUCAGCAACACCACCUCCAUGCUGGGCUUGUACAGACUUUGGGCUCUGGGGGCCCUUGUCUCCUCUGACAUAAUCACACAAGCAGAAUCUCUAGGGCAGGAGUGGUGGGCACAACUUUGGACCAAGUGGCCUUUGAGUUCAUAAAGAAGCUGCCCUUGUCCUUGUCAGCUCUCCGAGGCAGUUUGGUUGCAAGGCCAGAGAAGUUCAUCUGUAGGAAAGGGCAGCUGCCUUCUUCCAGAACAUCGUUAUCCUAGAAUCAGGCUCUGCUAGUGAAAGAUUGCAUUUUUGUGGACAAAUCCAUUAACCUUUCUGAGCCACGGCUUUCUCCUGUAAAUAGUUGCACAGAUCGUGUUCAAGGCCAUGUUCAGCUCUAGAAGACUGGGAGAUUCCUAGGUUGUGUCCCUGGAGCUCUUAUUUCCUACCUUUAGGGAAUGAAAAGGGUCUGAAUUUACUCCCCUGUGGGAUUUAGUUUGCAAAUGCUUAGAGAUUCCUUUUACAUGCCCAGAUCUUUUUUAGUAAACUCCAUUGAGAUAUGUAUUCAAAUGCAAUUUUAAGUUUGUUUGUUGUACACAGUUACAUCAUUGCUUUGCACAUUAAGUUUUAAACCAGGGUCAAACAGCCUUUAUAAAAAGUUUUCAUUUAAUUUCAAAAUAGAUCUAGCCUGUAAGACAUUACAUGAGGGAAGCCCUCCCUUAGGAGCAGCCUGAUGGAGCAUAGAACCAGGGAGAGGACAGAGUCCUCCACAAGGCCUCAGAAUUGCAUCAGGGAGGUCAGUGUUGAGAGCACCCUUCUCUUUGGGAGAGCUUCCCUGUUGUGGGUUAGUGUCUUGGGCUCAUGACCCUAACAGGAUCAUGUCUGCCAGGACCUGUGUCACAUGGGGCCAGUAUCCUCACCCCAAAGACAGUGCCCUCUCCUUCCCUGAGCACAUGUUGUGUCUCAGCCAUUUCAGAAGGGAGACUCCUCUAGAUUUAAAAUCUGGUUUCCAAAGGCACCUCAGUCCUCUAAGGAAUUGUUUUCCUAGGAGUUCAUGUUUCCUGCAGUCUGCUUCCCACCUUUGACAGAUUGCACUUACCCCUUAAUAGAUGAGGAACUGGCUGGGAUGCUUUCAAGAGGCAGAUCUUGGGGGCUGGGAGAGGGUUAGGUGGCUACGAGGGAAUGCAUUUGAAAGGUCACACGGCGUUGUUUGUUUUAGAGGUGUUCACUGGAGCAAGGCUGCUCAGCCCAUCCCUCACGCUGCCUCCCUGCAGCAGGAUGGGCAGGGCCCCCGCCUGAGUGUUCUCCUCCUGGUAUUGGCUCAAAUGCUGCUGUUUAGAUUCCCAGAGGUUUUCCCUGCUUUCUGUUUUAGAGUAGAAGCUAAAAUGCCUUAUUCUAGUGACCUAAGAUAACAUCCAAGCAAGUGACCAUUCCCCCACAGUGUGGUGGGAGCAGUUCGGCCACACUCUUUCUUCCAUACGCUGCAGUUUGAACCCAGGCCGACUCCUCAGAUCUGACACGUCUAGUAACUUCUGUAUGUAAUGACCUACAUGUUCCUUUCAUCUCUGAUGGAGUGUCUUCAUUUAAAGGAAGGAAUCAGGCUUAGAUAAAAGCUACACAGCUGCCCCUGUUGUUAGAGGUGGAAACAGAGAAGCCCAGAGUGGGCGCUGUGCAGCGAGACCCGUCCGGAGGCCCCAGCGAGGCUGCACCAGCUCCGAGCCCUCCGUGCCUUCCUCUCUUCUCUCACUGAACUUCAACUAGAGAAUUCUCCAAACGUUCCGGGCCAGUGGCAUGGGAAGCCACACUAGGACAGAGAGCAGCCAUGUGAGGAUAUUACACAGUGGACAAAUUGCUCAAAUGGAUUAUGUCACCUGGGGGUGGCGCCUUCCCGACCAGGAAAUGGGGCAUCAGCUUUUAGGUGAAAACUCAUCUUAGAAUUUUAGGUUGGGGACAGACCACGUCCACAAGGCUGAAAUCACCUGGCUUGUUCCCAUGAGAAGGGAAACGUGAGGGUCCCGCUGCUGCUGGGUGCCUUAGGACCCCUCUGUUCAUUUGCUCAUGCGUCAAACCCCGCUGGCUUGUCUCUCUGGUCUGGUGCUGGCUCAGCCCUGGGGGACUCUCCAGGGCCUGCCCUCAGGUGUGACAGGUGGGGACUGUGUGGCCCUCUGCUUAGCUCUGCCUACUGUGUGGAUGUGGAGGUUGAGGCUGGAGAUGCAGAGCCAGGGAAGGGAGGGGCUGGACUUGCAGCCCAGGGCUGGCCCCAAAGCCCCUAUUAUUUUGUUCUGCCGAGCUGCCUUCUGUUCCCAGCGUCCGGAUGUACCUGAAUGCUUUGUAAGGCAUGAAGUAAAGAGUAAGUUAGAGGCUACCAGUUAAUUUGUCCUGUCACCAGAUGGCUGAUUGAGAGGGUGGCCUGUGCCCCUCGCCCCUCAGUGGCUGUACGUCUGAGUGUCUACAAGGGGGUGUCGCUAGCUGGCUGGGGGGGCUGACCCUACUGCUAGCCUCAGGGGAGGGGGCGCCCUCCGCCCUCUCCUGGUCCUGGCUUCACAGCAGGUGCUCCUGGGUGCUAACCCAUGUGUGCGUGUACCUCCCUGCUCCCAAGCCACACGCGUGCGCUCCCAGUGUAUCUAAUAGUGUUAUUCUGUGGCACUCCCUCCAUCUCAGUCGACCACCAGCCUCUGAAUCCCCAGUUAUUCUUUACUCCAAGAAGCAAAGAAAAAUCUCCCCUUUCACACGUGUGGUGCGGACAGUGAAGGUGGAGUGAGGACAGGAAGGCUGAAGGAGGCACAGCAGAGGGUGAGGCAGGCGGGCCGGCUGUGCAGGGAGGGUGGCGUGUGCAUGCGAAGUCAGACACUUCUAAGGAUAAAGACUGCUAAUAAAAUGUUUUAUA